GCCAGAAUAUCUCAUGGAUAUCUCCUCGAUUUGAAAAAGUCGAAUUUCCGGAAGGUGAAAACGGAACAUGGGCAAAUUCAACAGGAAUGUGUCCAUUCAACACUACUCAAGUCAAUGAACCGAUUGGACGGGCUCUGUGUAGCGGCGAUGGUAUUACCCAGAGCCAUUGGCAACCUGUGGAUAAUUGCGGACCAUUUAGAAAUGUCACAGAUAUUCUCAACGAAAUUGCACAGGUAAUCGUAGGAGAAGAAAAUGCAGGUGAAGUGAGCCAGCAAGUAUCAUCUGUUACUUCCAAUAUCGAAGAUAUCACAUCAGAUGACAUCACGUUUGUGGCAGAGAUAACAUCAAACAUUGUGCAGCAAAAUCUUACAAGUGAAGAGAUUACAAAGUAUAUAACGAGUAUUGUGAGCAAUAUAGCUCAGGUAGAAACAGAGGAACUUAAAGCCGCAGAGGAAGAAGGUGGGGCAAUAAGUAAAUUUGUCCAGGCUUUUGAGGAACAAAUCAGUCGUGUUGAAGUUGCCGAUGGUACGAUGCUCAACAUUCAGCAGCCAAAUGUAGCCGUACAGGUCCAGAGUGUACAUGCUGAUGACGUAAUGCGUGGUCUUGUGCUUUCGCUAGCUGGGUCCAGUCUUUCAGACCUGACCGAGGCCAAUAUUACCAUCAAUGCUCCGACCCACGAUGACCGCGAUGACGUCAUUGCUACAAGACCAGGCAUCAUCGCUCAGGUCAACAUUCCACCUUCAGUUUCAUCCGUCAUUUCGUCCACGGCCCCACUCUCAGGAUCGCCGUCGAAUGGCAGUGGUAGAUAUGUCCGGAUCAACUUCAAUGUAUUUUCAACUCCAGCCCUGUUCAUUUCUAAAUCAUUGCGCACAUUCAGUGCAGAUAAUGAAGGCUUCAAUCGAUCGGCUAACUCUCCCGUGAUUUCUCUCAGUAUUGGUCAAGGGAAAGUAGCAGCCUUGACCGAAUUCAUCAACUUUACCUUCACUACAAUAAUGUCUGGAUAUGUGAAUCCCAUCUGUUCAUUCUGGGAUGAGGAGCAGGAAGAUUGGUCCCCAGAUGGGUGUGUUCUUGUUUCUGGAAUCACAUCAUCCAAUGAGAGCUCUAAUGAGGAGAGUGUGCGCUGUGCAUGUGAUCAUCUUACCAACUUCGCUAUUAUAAUGGAUAUCCAUAGACAGGAGGUUUCACCAAUCGAGGCAUACAACAUUCUGACUUACAUUGGAUGCUGUAUUUCUAUCUUCAGUCUUCUUGUCACAUUGGCAACCUACCUGUGGAACAAGGAUUUGAGGACCACACAGACUAGCCAGAUCUUCAUCUGUCUGUGCCUGACCUUGCUAUGUCUCUACACGACAUUUGUCAUCAUGAUCUCUCUGCAGUCUACCGCAGAUGAUCGUGAGGUCCAACCUGGACCCUGUGGGUUCCUGACGGCCCUAGUUCACUACUUCGUUUUGUCCUCCAUUGCAUGGAUGGGUGUGGAAGGGUACAAUACCUACCUCAUUAUUGUGAAGAUCUUUAACACCUACAUCCAGAAUUUCAUGAUCAAAGCUUUUUUAGCUGCAUGGGGAAUUCCUGCACUUAUCGUGGUUCUUACUGGAGCUAUUGCUAGAGACUCUUAUGCUCAUGAUGAUCUAUGCUUUCUACAAUUCGGGGCUCAAAUCGGUGGGCUCCUGACUCCCAUGUUUCUCAUCCUCCUCAUCAACAUUGUCAUCUUCACCCUGGUGGUUCGACAAUUGCACCGGUCAGCCAACAUCACUGGUCGGGUGAGAGGAGAGGCUAGGGCAGAAAGUCGAGAGACUAUCGAACGCGUCCAGAACGCGAUUUGCAUCUUGCUCCUGCUCGGUCUGACCUGGAUCACCGGAUAUCUUCUUUUAAUCCCGUCAUUGAGUCAGGUGGUUCAGCCAAUUUUUGUCGUCCUAAACUCCUUCCAAGGAUUUUUCAUCUUUCUACUCUACUGCGUCCGGAAGCCUCACAUCCGUAAGAAAUGGGGGCUAACUUGUUUCGACAAGUUCCUAAAGGAAGAAGCAAGCACUUCCAGCGGUGUGGUAAGCUCGACGGGGCUAUCCUCAUCAUCUGGCAUUAUAAGCAAAUUGCGCCCAGGAGCCUCGGGUAAAUACGUGUUGCCUACCAAAGACGACAAUUCCGAUCCUAUGUGUAUGUUCAAUCCGACCUAUGAUGUUAGCCAGGUUGAGGAAGGGGUCACACCACCUAUGAACAAAUAUAUCCAGAGUUCCAACGAGGAACAGAAGAAGGACACGGAUCGUGAUGCAACAGGCACUGAUGUCGUGACGGUCAGUCUCCCUCUUGAUGCAUCUGUCACAAAUGUCACUAAGACAGGUGAUGGUGUUUCCUCCAACACGGAUGCUGACACGGUCAUUGUAACUCUGGAUUCAACUGAUGCCAGAAAAGCUACUGAGGGCAACGAUGAUGUUGCUUCCACCAACAAUGAAGCCGUCGCCAGUCUCCCUAAGGAUGCGGAGGAUGGCACCAAACACAAUGAGAGGGAUGAUGAUGUUGCUUCUGCAACAUUGAUGUUUCUGUUAAUCCUCCAAUCGAUUCAACGGAUGUCAGCAAAGGAAAUUAGAGCAGUGACUGUGGCAUAG